AGUUACAGCACCAUCAUGUCUGGACGCGGAAAACAGGGUGGCAAGGCUCGCGCCAAGGCCAAGACGCGCUCGUCACGGGCCGGGCUGCAGUUCCCGGUGGGGCGCGUGCACCGCCUGCUCCGCAAGGGCAACUACGCCGAGCGGGUCGGGGCCGGCGCGCCGGUGUACCUGGCGGCCGUGCUGGAGUACCUGACGGCCGAGAUCCUGGAGCUGGCGGGCAACGCGGCCCGCGACAACAAGAAGACGCGCAUCAUCCCGCGCCACCUGCAGCUGGCCAUCCGCAACGACGAGGAGCUCAACAAGCUGCUGGGCCGCGUCACCAUCGCGCAGGGCGGCGUCCUGCCCAACAUCCAGGCCGUGCUGCUGCCCAAGAAGACCGAGAGCCACCACAAGGCCAAGGGCAAGUGAAUAUCUAAAUCCCAGUGUGCACUAAAGCUAAACUUUUAUACCCCAAAGGCUCUUUUCAGAGCCGUCCACAUUUUCACAUGAAAGAGUUUGUAACUCAAAUCGAGGCAACAGAAUUGCGUAAAAUUUAAACGGUU